UCUUAUUCUUCGAUCUCAAUCAAGGAGUUCCCCCUCUGCGAUUCCAUUUCUUCUCAUUUCAUUCUCUCCGAAUCCACUUCAAUCCUUUCUUUGUCCUAGAUUCGAUUCCCAACCUCAUAAUUUCACCAUAGCUAUAAUGGCAUUGUUUCUUAGAGUUCCAGCAAACACAUUUCAACAAGAUAACGUAGCGCUGUUAUCUGGAGGUAGAAGGCAGAAUAGUACCGCGCUGUUGUCUGGAGGUAGAAGGCGGAGUAGUGCUGUUUUUGGAAGGCGGAGAUCGGCAAUCCGGAUAUUGUCCAUGUCGACCCCACCAAUCCAACAUCUAGAAAAACCUUCGGCUGGUUCGCAAAACCUCGGCCUCCCAAUCAUGGUGAAUGGUUGUACUGGAAAAAUGGGGAAGGCUGUUAUCCAAGCAGCCGUUUCUGCAGGACUUCACCUUGUUCCUGUAUCAUUUAGCUGUGCAGAGGAAUCUGGCCAAACUGUGGAAGUGUGUGGAAAAGAGAUUAAAUUGCAUGGCCCAUCUGGAAGAGAAAACAUUCUUGCUUCUGUAGUUGAUGAAUAUCCAAAUUUGAUUGUGGUGGACUACACGGUGCCUGAUGCAGUGAAUGAUAAUGCUGAACUAUAUUGCAAAGUUGGUGUGCCCUUUGUAAUGGGAACCACUGGUGGGGAUAGGGAACGACUGUAUAAGACUGUAAAAGAUUCAAAUGUUUAUGCCGUAAUAUCCCCACAAAUGGGAAAACAGGUGGUAGCAUUUCUUGCAGCCAUGGAAAUCAUGGCUGAGCAAUUUCCUGGAGCUUUUUCUGGGUAUUCUUUACAGGUGAUGGAAUCUCAUCAAGCCAGCAAAUUGGACACAUCCGGAACUGCCAAGGCUGUCAUUUCAUGCUUUCAGAAACUGGGGGUGCCUUUCAAGUUGGAUCAGAUUCAACAAAUCCGGGAUCCCAAGCAACAAGUUGAGAUGGUGGGCGUCCCAGAGGAGUAUCUGAAUGGUCAUGCAUUCCAUAUGUAUCAUCUGACAUCGCCUGAUCAAACAGUUUCUUUCGAGUUUCAGCAUAAUGUGUGUGGUAGGUCGAUAUAUGCUGAGGGUACCAUUGAUGCUACAAUUUUCCUUGCCAAGAAGAUUCAAUUAGGCACAGAGCAGCGGAUCUACAAUAUGAUAGAUGUUCUGCGGGAGGGUAAUAUGCGAUGAUAACUAGGCCUGGAUGCAGAAGUUCUGUUUACUACAAGUCAUACUUGAGCCUAGGGUCUAAACUUAGAAGUUGUGACUGCUACCAGUUACAGUUGAGCUUUGAUUCUGAAUGCAGAAGUUUUGUUGAUAAUCAGUUGAUACUUUUAACUUAAGAUGUUUGUGUUUUUUUUAGUUGAGUAGCAACAGGCAGGCAAUUUUGGAUUAGUUAUUAAGAGCUUGAAUCUCCAUUUGUUGUCAUUUGCUGGUAACUGUGAGGAUCAAUUGAAGAGCAUGAUUGCAGCCAA